AUGCAAGCCUCGAGUCCACCCCCGAAUAGGGCCAAACAGCCCAACGACGCCCUCAGACGCAGGAACAUCAAUGGCUCAGCACAAGCUAAUACAGAACCAAAUGGCCAUGCUAGUCCAUCACACUCGAUAUCCCCAAGUUCGACGCGCAAACAGCCACAUUCUCUUAUAUCCCGCUGUAAGCGGUUCACCCUCGCGCAUACGUGGACCCUUCCACUAGCUCUCAUACUUGCCUUCCUAUCACUAUACGCACUCAACCCGACCGAGUCAAACCCCAUUUCUCAUUUCAUUUUCCUCUCCUACAAACAAGAGCCGCUAGAAGGCGCGGACCCCAAUGCCCCCACACAAUAUGGCAAGGGUCUAUGGGACGUAGCCUUCGUGUCAUUCUACGUGAUCGUGCUAUCCUUCACGCGAGAGUUCAUCAUGCAAGAACUCCUACGGCCCCUCGCAAGCGCGUACAUCAAGCCACGCGCCAAGCAAGCGCGCUUCAUGGAACAGGUGUACACUGCUAUUUACUUCGGGGUCCUCGGUCCCGCCGGGCUGUAUGUGAUGCGCCAGACGCCCGUGUGGUAUUUCAACACGCGCGGCAUGUACGAGCUCUUCCCGCAUAGAACGCAUGCGGCGGAGUUCAAAUUCUACUACCUGUUCGAGGCGGCAUAUUGGGCUCAGCAGGCUGUUGUUAUGCUACUUGGGAUGGAGAAGCGACGGAAGGAUUUCUUCGAACUUGUUGCUCAUCAUAUUGUGACGUUGGCUCUUAUCGCGCUCAGCUAUCGGUUUCAUUUCACGUAUAUCGGCAUUGCGGUCUAUAUUACACAUGAUAUUAGUGAUUUCUUCCUUGCUGUUUCAAAAUCUUUGCACUACGCAGCACCCGACAUCAUGGUUCCAUUCUACGCGACUUCGGUUAUCUCCUGGAUCUAUCUCCGUCACGUACUCAAUCUUCGCAUUCUUUACUCUCUUCUAACCGAGUUCCGGACCGUCGGUCCCUAUGAACUUAAUUGGGAAACGCAGCAGUACAAGUGCUGGAUUUCGAACAUCAUCACUUUUGCACUGUUGGCGACCCUCCAAGCUCUCAACUUGUUCUGGCUGUACUGUCUACUCCGGAGCGCUCUCAAGUUCCUCCUGACAGGCGAGAAGAAAGAUGAUCGGUCCGAGUCAGAUGAGUCUGAGAUCGAGCAAGAUGUGCCCAAAGUUGUCGGUGGUAUCGAUGAUCAAGUCUAUUUGAAUGGCAGCGCGGUGCUGAAUGGUAAUGCGAAGCAUGCUAAUGGCGUUGGUUACUCUAAAAAGGUAAACGGAUAUCGCUAG